UGUGUUGUGUGCUACAUCGUACAGAGCUUCACUAUGUCCACUAUGAUGAACCUUCACCCCGAGGUCUACGAGACCUACUCGGUCAGCGCAACAGAGGCGCUUGGUCUGAAAGAAGACAAGAAAAUAGCGAAAGGUGGUUCCUGCCAGGUCGUUGUAGCUACAGAUGUGAACGACCCAGCUAAGAGAAAGGCUUUGAAAAAACUCAUGUUUCUUGAGGAUGAACGCGAUUACCGCAAGAAACGUUUCUAUUUCUGCAAUGAGAUUCGGUUUCUCCAAAACGUACAACAUCCCAACAUCAUCCAAGUUGACAAAGCGCUCGCAUGUCCGGGAGAGUUUGUCAUAGCGAUGGAAUACCACCCUAUCGACCUCUAUGGCGCCAUGCCUUGUCUCACGGACGCAGAGAUCACCAAAUACUUUACUCAGGUCGUCGACGCGUUGUUCUAUCUUCACGACCGGCACAUCGUUCACGGAGACGUCAAACUUGAAAACGUGUUGAUAGACAUGCAAGGAAACGCCAAAUUAUGCGACUUCGGUAUGGCUCAGCUUAUUCCCAACAAGAGUUCUAAACUUUGGGGCGGCACUCGUGCAUACAACGGACCUGAGUACACGAGAGGUCAACCUGUGGAGGAUGUUUUUCAAUUAGAAAGCUUCUCGCUGGGAGUCUUUCUCUGUGCCUUGUCUCUCUAUGUAUACCCACUCAAAGGCUUGGACUACUUGGAGUUACUGAGAGGUGCCGAGUCAGUGCCAGACAUUCACAGAGUAUGCGCUGAACGCCUCCUUUGUCCCUCACCGGCAGAGCGAGCCUCCAUCUCGGAAAUUCAUCAACUACUCAACGAUCACAGGCAGUCAGAGAGUCGCCCCCAGCUUGACGUCAUCGACGAGUCUCCCGCCCCUGUCGUGUCUGUGCCAAAACGUCCACGGCUCAAGACAUGUCACGAAUCUAAGUCUGUGGACACAGAAGCUGUCGCCACACAGAGUGAACAAUCCAUGCAAGAAUGGACAGAGUGA